UUCAUCUCCUUUUUUCUCUCUCUAGACCACAUAUUCCCAUGUUCUGAAAAAACUUCCAUUUAUACAUAAAAUCUUAUAGAUUCAUCUGUCCAACUUUUAAAACUCUCUGCUCUGCCCAUCUGUUCUUGGUAUGUCUAAAUAUACUGUCCUGUAAUGAAAUUGGAAAGGAUUGAAAAGAACUCGAACCCAGAGAAAAGGGGCUAUGUUGAGCAGGAUGAACAUGCUCUCGGUUCUCAGUGUGCCUCCACCCAGAUCUUUGAUUGAUGUCUAGAUUUCUCUUUAGCUGGAAAAAAUGCAAUCCGAUCUUGGCAAGUUAUUUAUUGGUGGAAUUUCAUGGGACACUGAUGAAGACCGCCUCAAGGAUUAUUUUAGUACUUAUGGGGAGGUGUUGGAAGCUGUAAUUAUGAGAGAUCGGACCACAGGCCGUGCACGUGGCUUUGGUUUCAUUGUCUUUGCCGACCCUGCUGUUGCCGAGAGAGUCAUCAAGGAGAAGCACAACAUUGAUGGCAGGAUGGUUGAGGCAAAAAAGGCAGUUCCACGUGAUGACCAGAACACCAUGAGUAGAAACAGUAGCAGCAUUCAAGGUUCUCCUGGUCCAGGGUGCACAAGAAAGAUAUUUGUGGGAGGUUUAGCAUCCACAGUCACAGAGAGUGACUUUAGGCAGUAUUUUGAGCAGUUUGGGAUAAUCACGGAUGUUGUGGUUAUGUAUGAUCACAACACUCAGAGGCCAAGAGGCUUUGGAUUCAUCACUUAUGAUUCUGAGGAAGCUGUGGACACAGUUUUGCUUAAAACUUUCCAUGAGCUAAAUGGUAAAAUGGUGGAGGUCAAGCGCGCAGUCCCUAAAGAGUUAUCACUGGGUCCUAAUCGAAGCCCACUUGGUGGAUUUAGCGAUGGUUUUAGCAGGAUCAAUAGCUUCCUUCAUGGCUACACUCCAGGAUACUCUCCAAGUACAGCUGGAGGGUAUGGAGUUAGAAUGGAUGGUAGAUUCAGUCCGAUUGCUGCUGGUAGAAGUGGGUUUCCUCCAUUUUGUCCUGGUUACGGAAUGAACUUGAACUUUGAACCAGGAUUGAGACCAAAUUAUGGGGGCAAUGCAAACUUCAAUACUAAUCUCAGCUAUGGACGGGAACUGAACCCUUAUUAUGUUGGUAACUCAAAUAGAUUUGGUAGUUCUAAUGGGUACGAUGGAGGAAACACUUCCUUUUUCAGUUCAGCAACUCGGAAUUUGUGGGGUAAUGGAGGGCUUAAUUAUGGGGCAAGCUCUACAAGUUCCAGUGGUUAUGUGGGAUCCGGAAGCGGAAGCAUUGGAGGAGGAAAUUUUGAAAACAGUGGAGUUUGGGGUUCUUCUCCAAUUUCACCUCAAGAUAGAGGAAAUGUUCCUAGAUCCAGUGCAAAUUUUGGUUAUGGAGGUGGUAAUAGCAGUUAUGGUUUGGGAGUGGGAGGGCAUGGCAGAAACAGUGCAACUACUGCAGCUCCUUUAUCGUCAUAUGUAGCAUCAAAUGGAAGCUAUGAUGGGGCUAUUGCAGACUUCUAUGGUAGUGGUUCAGUGUAUGAGGACCCCACUUGGCGCUCGGCAAAUCCUGACAGAGAGAGAUCUGGUUCAUUUGGUUAUGGGUUAGACAAUGGAGCCUCUGAUGUCCCACCUAAAAGUUCUCCAGGUUAUGUUGGUGGUUAUAUUAUUAACAGGAGACAGACAAGAGGUAAGCUACUUUUCAUGCAAGAUUUCUUUCUCUUUUUACAUCUAGUAUUGGGUGCAAUGGUGUCUGGCCUAGUAGAGAAAUGA